AUGCGGGUCCCCCUUCCCCACCCUCGAGACUGGCUCCCGAUGGCACACCUCAGGAUGAGCAGAGUGGAAGGGAUGAAUGAAGGCCGGAUCUACAAUAAACCCAGGAACGCUUGUCUGGGCCAUACCCCUCCCAAUCCACCAGAUACUGGAACCACCAGCUGCGACGGCGAGACACCGGUGGUCCCCCGGGCCACUUGUGCUCCCAUCAUCCGGCCCUCAGGGGUGGGAAGAGGGGACGCACCUCCAACCCCAUGCCCGCCCCCACCCCAGUCUGCCCACCCGGCCCAUGAGCCCCAGCCGCAGCCCCCCAACCGGCACAGCAUGCCGCGGGACCCUCAGCGGCCCACCAAGCCCAGGGCAGAGCAGGGUCCACCGCCGGAGCAGGUGACAUCCAGCCGAUACACCGGGGUCCACCUUGCGACCCGCGGUGGAGCGCAGGGCGGAUACCCUGGCAGAGAAGAAAGGGGAAGGCGGAAGCAGGAGAACGCCGAGGAGCCGCCUGAGAGAAUUAAGAGGCAGGCUCCCGUAGGCGUGGCCGUGUCCACCAGAACCACCGGCCGAAGGGCGGAAGAAGCACCAGAGCCCCGAUCAACCCCCGCCCCAGACCACCCCCGGCGCACCCGCAACCGCCCACCCCUCCCCCCGCCGCCCAAGCACCCAACACGCACCCCUAACAGGUGCUACGCCAAGCGCCGGAGACCAGGGGUUGUCCACCCCACCGGCAAGGGACAGCAAACCCCACCCAAGAGGCCCUGCCGACGACCCCAGCAGCAGGAGGGCAGCGGCAGGCGCCUCGGUCCAUACAGGCUGACAGGGGUGGAGACAGACCAAGGGGACGGAGGCGGGGCAGCACCCGUUCGGCACCCCCACCCGCCCGCGAGAUCACCGCGCGCCCAACACACCUGA